AGCAGCGGCCAAUCCGGUCAAUGGGGUGGGCGCUACAACAAGGACAAAACAUUAUCCAAGAACCUGAAAAUAAGCAAUAAUAUGUUAUCUACCUUUGACCUUAUUUUCUUAUUACUUGAUAUUCCAGAUGAAGAGAUGGAUAAUUACCGUGCAGAGCGUGUUAUUUCGGCAAAUCCUGAACUAUUUCUUGUAGACAUAUCACAAAGUCAUGAUAUUCCGUCGUCCGACCUAUUUCCUUUAGAGUUUCUUCAAAAAUAUAUUGCUUACGCUCAUAGAUAUGUUUAUCCGCGCUUAUCAGAGGAAGCUCGUAAAAUUAUUAAACUCUCUUAUAUUAUGAUGAAACAUAAAUACCUUUCUAUGGAUCAAACGUCCAUUACUAUUCGCCAAUUAGAAACAAUGAUAAAAUUGGCUCAAGCGCGAGCAAGAAUGGAACUACGAGAUUUAGUCCUAUGCUCAGAUGUCGAAGAUGCUGUUGAAAUCAUAUUCAUAGGAGAAUUAAAAAGACAAGGAAAUUCCAAAGGAAGUGAUCUAUUUUCUAUUCAAGAAAUGCGAAAAAUCGCGACAGAAAAUAAUAUUCAAUUUGAUAAUUUUCAAGGUUUUAUCGAUUAUAUUAAUGAGCAGAAUUUACUCCUUAAGAAGGGACCGGGAACAUUUCAAUUGAGGUCAUAA